AUGAAUCCUGAAUAUGAUUAUCUGUUCAAGCUUUUGCUCAUUGGUGAUUCUGGUGUUGGCAAGUCAUGCUUGCUUCUUAGGUUUGCUGAUGAUUCCUACCUGGAUAGCUACAUAAGCACCAUUGGUGUUGACUUUAAAAUCCGAACAGUCGAACAAGAUGGAAAGACCAUCAAACUCCAGAUUUGGGAUACGGCUGGUCAAGAGCGUUUCAGAACCAUCACUAGUAGUUACUACAGAGGAGCUCAUGGAAUCAUUGUUACUUAUGAUGUAACAGACCAAGAAAGCUUCAACAAUGUCAAGCAAUGGCUUAAUGAAAUCGACCGCUACGCCAGUGAGAAUGUGAACAAGCUACUGGUUGGGAACAAAAACGAUCUCACGUCCCAGAAAGUUGUUUCCACUGAGACAGCUCAGGCUUUCGCAGAUGAACUUGGGAUCCCGUUCUUGGAAACAAGUGCCAAGAAUGCCACCAAUGUCGAAGAAGCUUUCAUGGCCAUGACUGCUGCAAUCAAGACAAGAAUGGCGAGUCAACCUGCAGGAGGAUCCAAGCCAGCAACGGUCCAGAUCAAAGGACAACCAGUAAACCAACAAUCAGGCUGCUGCUCUUCUUAAUUCCCCCUGAGAAACACUUAUUAACCCUAUGUUAUCUCCUUCGUAUGCAUGUAAGACAUCUGAUACAUCGUUGUUCUUCAUCUGGUCUUUGUUUUUCAGUUUGUCCAAAAAAAAAUUCUAUAUUCUUUGUAAUGUACUGGCAGUGAUAAACUUCUUAGUAAAUUCUCAUUUAUGAAAAGCUAAGCGGUUAAUUUUUAUCAAGUCAUAGAGCUAAAGAUUACACAAGGAUGGAGAAUGAAAAAUUUUGUUUUCUGCCUCAUCGAACUUGAUCAAAAACUCCCAAACUUGGGUUCGUAAAACAAAAAGCUUUUAGUGUUUAACAAUAGAAUCAGAAGAACAAAAUCCAAACCGGGUGAGAGAGAUUACAAAAACUAAAAGAGUCCAGACAGAGGCUGAACGGACCAAACCGGAGAGCCUUACUUUCCCAGAGUAGGGAACUGUGCAGCGUCUUCAAUCUUUGGUGCAGGGGCGACGAAUUUUGGAGCAGCAUCCCUCUUGUCUGCUCCUCCGUUGUCUCCUCUUGGUCCACGACCACCUCUGUCGGCUCCUCUUGGCCCACGACCUCCUCUGUCAGCUCCCUCUCUUGGUCCACGACCUCCUCUGU